AUGCCCAACACCCCAAACCAAGCUCCUGUUCCCCCUUCUCUCCUCCCCGCUACCCCCUCGCCCACUCGUGUGUCCCUCCAGCUGACGGAGGAGUGGGGCGAGCGGCUGUUCGCAGCGCUGGCACGCGCGGGUGGGCGGGCGCACAACAACAUGGCGGUGGGGUACAACAACAUCGACAUGGACACAGCUACGAAGCACAGCAUAAAUGUCGGCAACACGCCCGGCGUGCUCACUGAGACGACUGCGGAGCUGGCGGCUUCGCUGAUGCUGGCGGCAGCGCGACGCGUGGUGGAGGCGGAUUACUUCAUGCGCGCAGGGAAAUACGACGGGUGGCUGCCCACCAUGUUCAUCAGCAAUCUGCUCAAGGUGCAGACGGUGGGCAUCAUUAGCGCGGGGCGCAUUGGCAGCGCCUAUGCACGCAUGAUGGUGCGAUGGGGGGGUGGGGGGGUUGGAGGAAUGGGCGAUGAGUCGAUGGGGGAUCGAGGGGAUAAAUCGAGGGGAUAG